CCGCCCAUUUCUUAAUCCCUUAUAUCCGCUAAUACCGCGACAGACGUUUUCCCACGAGCACCAACUGCCGUCAACCAACAUAUCAAAGUUCCGUGUUGUGAAGCUCCGAGUUCGGGACGCUUUUUAUCUAGCUCCGCUGAAGUCUGAGGAGAGAGGAAGUCAGCUGCUCGGCAUGGCCUCGUCUGACGAUACAGUAGGGUCUCUGACUCCCGUGGAUUUUAUCCAGUUGCAGCAUUACAUGGAAUACAGCAGUCGGAGGGUGAAAGAUGUGAUUAAGGAGUUUUACCCUGGUGGUCGGCUGGCUCAGCACGGCUUUGGAGAGUGCGUGGAUGCAGACGGUUUCUGUCUCUUUCUCAAGACCUACCUAGAAGUGGAUAACUUCCCUACAGACUUCUGCCAACGUCUUUUUCAAUAUUUUCAACAUGUGGAGCAUGAUGCGUCCAGCAAGAGCCGUCUGCCCAAAGGAGGUGGGGUCUUUCUUCGUGAUGUGUCCUGUUACUUCACAGUGCUGGAGGAAGGACAGCCACGCGAGAAGCUUGAAUUUACCUUCAAACUUUACGAUAAAGACUGCAACAAACUCCUGGACAGCUCUGAGGUGGAUUGUAUAAUCGCCCAGAUGAUGCGAGCUGCUGAUUACCUCGGCUGGGACGUGACUGAACUAAGACCAGUGCUCAAAGACAUGAUGACAGCGAUCGAUGUGGAUGACAGUGGGACUGUCACUCUGGAGGAAUGGGUGACGGGAGGCAUGAACAACGUGCCUUUACUUGUUCUGCUUGGACUGAAGAUGACGGAGAGCGAUGGACAGCAUAUUUGGAGGUUGAAGCACUUUAACAAGCCGACAUACUGCAGCGUGUGUCAGAGCAUGCUGCUCGGCCUCGGGAAGCAGGGACUCUGCUGCACCUUUUGCAAGUACACCAUCCACAGUCAUUGUGCCAACAGGAAUCCUGAACCCUGUGCCCGUACCUUUGUCGGAUCUAAAAAGGAAAUUGGUGUAGCAGCUCACGACUGGAUCAGAGCGGACUGUAAGUCCACCAAGUGUCAGGUCUGCCACAAGAAGAUCAAGACUUUAGCGGGGAGGCGUUGUGUGUGGUGCCAGGAAAUGCGUCACAAUGAGUGUAUUUUCUCUGGCUUAUCGUCCUGUGAUUGUGGGCCGCUGAGAGAUCAUAUACUUCCUCCGUGGGCCAUACAUGGUGUGUCAAAGGAAGAAGACAGCAGCUUGUUAAACGUCACCCCUGAUGGCCACAUCCUGCAGAUUGUUCCAAUUCUAGACACCCACCCUCUGCUGGUGUUUGUGAACCCAAAAAGUGGAGGAAAGCAGGGUGAACGAGUGCUCAGGAAGUUUCAGUACCUGCUGAACCCACGUCAAGUGUACAACCUUUCCAAUGGAGGUCCUGCUCCAGGACUACAAUUGUUCCGCAAUCUGCGCAAGUUCAGGAUCUUGGCGUGUGGAGGAGACGGCACCGUCGGGUGGAUCCUGGAUGCUAUAGACAAAGAAAACCUGCAGGUGCAUCCUCCAAUAGCUAUCCUGCCUCUGGGCACGGGGAACGACCUGGCUCGCUGUCUGCGCUGGGGAGGAGGCUACGAUGGGUCAGACUUGAGAGAGAUCCUGGAGGUGAUCGAAGCUAGCAUGUUGGUUCCCAUGGACCGCUGGAGCAUCCAGGUGAUACCAGACAACCCCCAAGAGGCUGGAGACCCUGUGCCCUACGAGAUCAUUAACAACUACUUCUCUGUUGGAGUGGAUGCCUCUAUCGCUCAUCGUUUCCACUCCAUGAGAGAGAAACACCCCCGGAGGUUCAGCAGCAGAAUGAAGAACAAACUUUGGUAUCUUGAGUUUGCCACGUCUGAGACCAUCUCUGCGUCUUGCAAGAGGCUGAAGGAUUGUCUCACGAUUGAGUGCUGUGGAAGGUCUCUGGACCUGGGCAGCAUGUCUCUCGAGGGCAUAGCUGUCCUCAACAUACCCAGCAUGCACGGAGGCUCCAACCUCUGGGGCGAGUCCAAGAAGCCUGAUAUCCGACCAUUGGUGGAGCCCAGUGAAGUUAUCACUGACCCUGAACUUCUUAAAACAAUCUCUCAAGAUAUGACUGACAAACACUUGGAGGUGGUGGGGCUGGAAGGAGUCAUAGAGAUGGGACAGAUCUACACUGGACUGAAGAGCGCCGGGCACAGACUAGCUCAGACUUCCCAAAUUACCAUCAGGACAAUCAAAGCCCUGCCCAUGCAAAUCGAUGGGGAGCCCUGGAUGCAGCCUCCAUGUACUAUCCACAUAACUCACAAGAACCAAGCUAACAUGAUGAUGGCUGCGCCAACAAAAUCACCCGGCCUCUUUCACCACAAGUAGAUCAAUGCUUCCACCGCACGCUCCAGUCUGCUAAGUGGCACCACACGGCACCUAUAUUACUGUAAUGAUGCAGGAUGAAAGAGAGACGUCCAUCUCUGAGUGUGUAACUGUGCGUUUCUUUUAUUCAGUAUUAGUGUGUAUGUUUUAUGCACUUAAUCCCUGAUAUAAUUCUACAUAAUUUCAGUAGUACAGACAUCUACACUGACUGAACGAAUCUAAAGAGCAAAUUUCACUUCUCAGUCUGAUUGUUGCUAUUGUGUGCCAACUUAAAUGUAAUGCAUUCAUUGUUUGUCAUUUAAAUAGCAGAGCAUGUUGUGUAUCUACAGUGUGUGGAUAAGGAAUAUAUUUGCUUAUGUUGUGAUUGUGUUGUGGUUAAUCACAUUUACAGUAGUUUCAUCUAUACUUCCUAAGGCAGCUGGUGAUAAACUGGCUUUGUUCAGCCUUCAGGGGUUCACAGCAGCUCACCUUGUUCAACAACACUAUUCUACCUGUCUGUUCCCGUGUCUUUCUGUCAGUUUUCGGUGUUCAUCCACCUGAAAGAAAUAUAUUAUUCAUCAUUAUUUCAGUGUAAAGGAAUGAUGUGAGAAACACUUCACUGAAUGUGACUGAAUGGAGUUUUAUAAAGAUUUUCUCUACAGUUUUAGUCCUGAAAGUGCUGGGCAGAGGGGGUUUGAUUGAGCUUUUAGUAGAAGUUUAGUAUAAAAAACAGCAUUCCACUGUAUUUAAUACAUUAAUGUUUCCUAUAUGUUGUUGUUCUGUAGCUUUGCAUACAAUUUUAUCUUUGGAUCAUCUUUGUAACAAGACGCUUCCAUUGCUUAGGCUUUCUUAAUUUAGUCACGCAAUACACAGAAGCCUUCAGAAAUGUAAUAAAAUAAGAUAUAUUCCACCGAAUAAUAUAUUUUGUGACUGGAAAAAUGGUGAUGUGAUGUGCAUUAUGUGUCUGUCAGCCAUCAGUUGUCUUGUGUUCAGUCUAUUAGUGCGUGCAGUAGUAGUACAUGUAUGUAACAUGCCUGCAUGUUCAGUUAUUAACUUGUCUUAAUGUCAGAUUGUGUAGCUGUCAUUUGCAUGUGUGUCUUGACAAUGUUGCAUACUCUGUGCUCAUACAGCAUCACAUUGACAACAUUUAUUGAAUUUUCCUCAGAAAUAAUUACAAUCUGUCGCCCCACUACAAGUCUCUUUGUAAUAUAAUGUCCGACCUGUUUAUAUGUGUUGCACUGUAUGUCGCAGCUGAAUAUGAAGCUCUCACACUGUAAUGAGACAGACUUCUACCAUAAGGUGCGACAGAAUGAGGAUACAAAAUAACACAUUUUCAUCUAAAUGUUAAACUCUUUUAAUGGACAAAUGCUAGAAUACCUGAAUGUUUACAUGGUCAUAAGAACCAUAUAAAUCACAGUUCUUAAUAACAUGCUGCUUCAACUGCUUUCAAAGUAGAAAGAACCAACAUUUGCCUGUAAAAACAUCUUUAAUACAGCUAAACUGUAAUCCCAUGCUUAUCUGCUAUAAAGAGUGUGUAUGGGUGCUUAUAUUUGAAAGUAUUGACUUGUGCAUUUAUUUAAAGUAUUAGGCUAUAUGUUUAUGUAAUAGUAAUGUGCAUUCAGCCCACUUAUUGAAAUUCUAAAUUUGAGUUGCUUAAAUCUCCCUAAAUCCAAAGCAUGGCAGCCUACAGUGAGGCAGGCUUUGCCUCAAUGUGGGAGGGAACGCAGGAGGCCUAAUCCAGAAGUGGUGAGGAGAAGUGGCAACAGAAAACGUUAGUGUGUGUGUGUGUCUGUGCGUGUGCGUGCACACAGCACACUUGAACUCUUGUGAGAAGGCAUCAGACAUUACACAUAAGGAGUCUCUGAUGAUGGAGGAAAGAGCAGAGAGUGGAGUUGGUGGAAAUGAAAGAUUAAUCAAAUAUAUUUCCAUCCUGCAGAUGAAAAUCAAAAUGCAAAUCUUAAAAAGUAGGUGAGAAAAUUUUAUAUUUAAAUGUGAAAUCUCCUUUGACUUUUUUUGAGUGUGAAAGGAGUAUCCAGUGCUGGCAAAGCAACAUCAUUUCAUUUCAUCGUUAAGUUUAAUUAAACAAAAGACACAAGACAAGUCUGUCAAAAUGUGCCAGUGCUAACUUAUGGUAACAUACUGUAUACAAACCAAUUCUAAACAUAAAUUUACUUAUUUCAAGACCAUACAAGAAACAAGUAAGAAUUCAGAUUGUUGUAUCCAGACUGUGGUCGAGCUUCAGGUGCAUAAAUGGACUACUUCACAGAAUUCGA